GCAGGGGCGGAGGAGCAGGGGAGGCUGGAAAUGGUGCAGCAUCAACAAGGGGAAAAGGCGCAGCGGUCGCGCCAACGGAACUAUGCGGCUCUCCUUAAACUCUCACUUUGAGAUUUUACUCCGUCGACAGAAGAACAGGUAAAUGGCAGGGUUUGGUAAAGUGCUGGCCAGCCGAUGCAGUGCGUAGGGCCAGGUGUCCACGGUGACGAAAACAUGAACGGGGCGAGGGAGCAGAUCGACAUCCUGCCCUCCAACUGCUUGGUAAAAGAGCGCUGGAAAGUGCUGAAGAAGAUUGGGGGUGGAGGAUUCGGGGAGAUCUAUGAGGCCUGUGACCUGUUGACACGGGAGAAUGUGGCUCUUAAGGUGGAAUCCGCCCAACAGCCAAAACAAGUGCUAAAGAUGGAGGUUGCUGUGCUAAAGAAACUACAAGGAAAGAAUCAUGUUUGCAAAUUUAUUGGAUGUGGAAGAAAUGACAAGUUCAAUUACGUGGUCAUGCAGCUGCAGGAAAGGAAUCUCGCUGAUCUCAGGAGGAGUCAGCCUAGAGGGACGUUCAGUAUGAGCACGACUCUACGGUUGGGGAAACAGAUUCUGGAGUCUAUUGAAGCCAUUCACUCUGUGGGCUUCCUGCACAGAGACAUUAAACCUUCUAAUUUUGCCAUGGGCCGAUUGCCGUUUACCUGUAGGAAGUGUUACAUGCUGGACUUUGGUUUGGCACGACAGUACACUAAUACGAAUGGGGAGGUGCGGCCUCCCAGGACAGUGGCUGGGUUCAGAGGGACAGUACGCUACGCUUCCAUUAACGCUCAUAAAAACAAGGAAAUGGGUCGUCAUGAUGAUUUGUGGUCAUUGUUUUAUAUGCUGGUAGAGUUUACUGUUGGACAGUUACCAUGGCGUAAGAUAAAAGAUAAGGAGCAGGUAGGACAGAUUAAAGAGCGCUAUGAGCACAGGAUGCUGUUGAAACACAUGCCUGCUGAGUUUCAUAUCUUCUAUGACCAUGUGCUGGAUUUAGAUUACCACACCAAACCUGAUUAUCAGUUGCUAAUGACAGUAUUUGAGAACAGCAUGAAAGAGAGGGUUAUAACAGAAAAUGAGCCUUAUGACUGGGAAAAAUCUGGAACAGAUACGGCCCUCCCCACCAGCACACACACGCCACCACAACAAAACACACGGCAAACUGCUGCCAUCGUCGGGGUGGUGAAUGUGACGCCGGUACCUGGUGAAUUACCGAGGGAAAACACUGAUGAUGUUCUGCAAGAUGAACACCUGAGUGACCAAGAGAAUGCUCCACCUGCUUUGAUACCCAGCAGGCCAAGAGAACCUCCUCCAGCCCCACCUGCUGGUGAAGGAUGGGAUGAAACUGACUUCAACCGUAACAAACUCAGGAUCAGCAUCAUCAGUAAGACACAAGUAGCAGCAGAGGAUGGGGAGGAGCCUGCAGGAGGAGGGAGGUCCGUUUCCCCAGCAAGGGGUGGAGAAGCAGAAGCUCAGGCCCGCCCUCCAAGGUACCGGAGAGUCAAUAGCCCAGAAUCUGACCGCCUGUCUGCUGCAGAGGAUAGAGGCGAUGCCGCAGAUAAACGCUCUCGUUUGGACAUGCUGGGUUCUCCAUCCAGGCACAUCUACUCUUCCCAGCCUGCUCAAAUGCUCUCUUUAGAAGCUGGACAGGGAGAACGAUUGGCCGGUGGCCACCAUGAUGUCUCUGCAGACGGUGACCAGGAAGCCCACAGCAAUGCCUUCAUCCGCUCAGUCCCGCUGGCAGAGGAGGAGGACUUUGACAGCAGGGAGUGGGUGAUGAUUGACAAAGAAACAGAGUUGAAAGACUUCCAUCCUGGGGCAGAGCCCACCACCUCAGGCACCACGGAUGAGGAACCAGAGGAAUUACGCCCCCUUGAGGACCACGAGGAGAGGAGAAGGAAAGGACAUAUGCAUGGAAUGGGUGGAGCUGAGGCUGUGGUACGACCCAAAACGCAACGUGGGAUGAUGAUUGUAGCAGAGGAGGAGGGGGCGGGACCGAGCCCCGCCCAUUCACCUUGUCACUCGUUGCCUCAUACCUGCCCAAGAAGGAGGGAGUCGGAGCCAUUUGGACCUGAAGGACCGGCUGCAGUGGCUGAACCUUCGCCAUCUUCCUCUCAGGCGCGUCUGAAGCGAGUCGACUUUGUGUCUGGUGUGUUGAUGUUUGACGAUCUGAGAGAGGAGGGUGCGAAGACUGGAGGCUCAGGCAGUGAUGGAAGCCCUCGGAGUAGCGAGGGAAGCCCAGAGGGCGCUGUGUCCACUCUACUCGCCCCGGCCCACCGGGACCACGAACAGGAAGAGGGCUCACGCACGCUGGUGCUUGUGUCUGCCGGUAACGGGCAGGUUUCACCUGGAGACGGGCAGGGAACUCUCGCCGUGUUGACACCGCAGGGAGAGCGACCCGUGCCGGAUGAAUCUGAGCCCGGGACUCUCUCCUCCUUCAUUAAGUCAGAGCCCAGGCCUAUCGUCAUGACAACUGCAGCUGUGAUCACCAGCGGUUCUUCCUCACCGCCGUUCACCAAGGUGGAACGCACUUUUAUCCACAUUGCUGAGACGACGCAUCUCAAUGUCAUGACAGCCAGACACCGUCCACCUGGACUGGAUGAGCUGAUAUCUACUGAGCGUGAGGAGACGAGUGGAAAGAAAGAGGAGAGGGAAAGGGUCAGUGAUCGAGAGCAAAAGGAAAGUGAGGGGAUUACAUUAAAAAGAGAAGAGGAUGAGGGGGAAAAGGAAGAGAGUGAAGCUGAAGAAAAAGUAAAUAAGAGUGACAGAGAGAAGGCAGAGGCUUUGUUUUUGGUUGAGUCACAUGACCAGCCAGAGACUACCGUUAUUGAGGAAGAAGUUGUCUCCAAAGAUGCCAAAAUGGAAGCCAGACCAGAUGGGUUCACACCAGAAGUUGAGCAGCAAAGGGAACAGGAGCAGGAAGAAAGUCCAUUAGUAACACCUGAACAAAACAGAGAUGCAGUAGUGGAGGAUGAGAAGUAUAUGUCUCCACCGAGGGUGGAGUCACCUGAUAGAAAGCCACUCUCGCAGAGGCGGAGCCGUAUCCCUGUGCUUAUGUCGGAGGAGGAAACAGGCUCGGACAAGUCUUCGCAGAUGAGUCAAGAGCAGUUGCAGCGAACUCGCAAAAGCCGACAACAACAGCUGGCUCGUCUCGUCCUGGAGCGUAAACAAACCCACCUGAUUCAUUCUCGCUCCGCCUCCUCGCACUCCCCAACACUCUCAACCACUGCAUCUGAAGAUGAAACCCACCAAUCAGACGACUCGGCGAAAGGAGAGAGAGGAGCAGAUGGGAGAAUUAGGAGCAGGAUCCCUCGUCCAGUCACACCUAUUAGGGGGUCAUCUGACCAACUAGGGGGCACCCAGAGAUCAGUGUCUUUCAUUCAAUACAGAACCAAGAGUUCUGUCAAUCCCAGGAUUCAAAAGUCUACAAGUCUGCACACAAAUAUCCAUCAGCAGCCACCUAAACCUCAGCUCCGUCCCUCUAAAACACUUCCACCCCAUCCUCCAUCUUCAGGCCCCUCCCACUCACAGGGAAGUCGGACCGCUACACGUAUCAUUACUCGUACCUCAGCACUUAAUGCCACCCGGAGCAUCAGCACCUCUCCUCGGAGCAACACCACCUCUCGCACUGACAGCCCUUCGCCUCAACGCAUUCGCCGACAGCCUGCAGCCAAUGAAACGCAACGAAAGCCCAAACCUCCUUGCCUGUCGCAGUCCAAAUCCAAACCUCAGGAUUCCACCCCCAAAAAGAGCAACACCCACCCAUCAGCCUCAUCGCAAACGGCAAAGAAAGAUUCAAUGGAAUCAAAGACUAAAACAAGAUAAUUAAGACUUCAUUCCUGUAGGUGAUCUUCAUCCUCAGCAUCAUCAUCAUCAUCACAAUCACUCUCUGAAUCAUCAGUGUUGGACUGUACUUCUCAUUAAACACAACAAACUCAACCAAACAAUCUGGAUAGAUGUGUUCGUUAUCCAGCCAAGUGACUGCAGCAGCUACGAAAUACCUCUAAUGAGGAGAAACUC